AUGGCAUCUACCCCUCGACCCGACGAAAGGACCAUCCAAAAUCUGGUGGGUGGCCAGGUUGCUAUCGUUACUGGAGCAGCGCGAGGCAUUGGUUUCGCUACAGCCUCCCUCCUUGCACAACAUGGAGCUCGCGUGGUGCUGGUCGACUUGCAGGAAGCCGAUCUGCAACAAGCAUGCACGAAAAUUGGCCAAAGCUCAACGUACCAUGUUUGUGAUGUGAGUGACUGGGAUGAGCAAAUAGCACUGUUUAAGCGAGUAACAGAGACCCUGGGUCCAAUUGCGCUUCUCGUUUGUAACGCAGCUGUUAAUCCCGAAGUUGCGCUCUUACAGUCGAUGGCCCCAGAAAGGCAUAGUGAAAUGAAUAGCCAAGUCCGCUAUAAUUACUUGGCAGAUGAGCCUAGCAAAAGCGAUGGAUCUUCACUCCAGUGCCCAUCGACCCGGCUCCUGGAUAUCAAUGUGAACUCGGUUAUUUUUGGGCUCAAACUCGGCAUACACCAUAUGAAGCAAACUAGGGGAGGUCGCAUUGUGGUGACUGCAUCUGCGGGCUCUUAUAUGCCGAUCCCCUCACAACCGCUCUACGCUGCUAGCAAACAUGCAGUAUUGGGGUUGGUUCGCAGCACGGCUCAAAUUGAAGAGGUUGCUAAGGCGGGAAUCAGUUUAUCGUGGAUUGCACCAUGGUUGACCUUGACCUCUAUGGUUGAAGGGCUUGAAGCAACAACUCAGCCGCACACCCUGAAAAGCUCUCCAGAGGAUGUUGCAUGGGCGAUUCUUGCAGCGGCAGCGGCAGAGUCCCCCAAUGGAAAGGGUUAUUGGGUGCAAGGAACAAACAUUUGUGAGGCUGAAGGGGCAUAUUUUGAAGUAGCAGGAAGACUCAUGUUACCGGAGAAUCGUUUCUAG